AUGUCCUCUUAUAACUCAAACUGUCAUCAAAGCGGCGAUUUGAAGCGUUGUUCUGGCUGUCAGCAUGCAUUCUACUGCUCAAGAGACUGCCAGAGGAUCCACUGGAAGAGACACAAGGUAAACUGCAUACUGCCGAGUUUACACGACUUGUUCGGCGCGUGCGAGCAGGAUGUGAUGCCAGUGCCGUUAGCACGCUGUGAUUAUGGCUUCGAUAAUUUGCAAAUGUACCAAAGGAAUGUUCCAGUCGAUGUGGAGAGCAUUUUAAUUGGUAUAUACCAAGCUAUCCGGCGAGACAUCUUGCAGUCUGAAUAUGGGGACCCAACAGAAGCACUUCUGUAUCCGCUGCUGAAUGAUUUUGGCGCUUCGAAACAAAUGAUUCUUGAAGCAUACGAAAGUAAUUCCCUGGAUGCCCUCAUACAGCGUUUUGUCAGAAAUGCGUUACAACGACGCGGAGAUGCAUGUCCUCGCUAUUUCUCUGACUGGCUGCACUACAGACUGAUCAUUGGUCCUACAAGAUUGUUAUUGAGCGAAGAGGAAGUGCUUUCAGCACGCGAUAUUGCACGGAUGAGAGAGGAAAUCUACCGCACUUAUUAUGAGUAG